AUUUGUGUGGUCGAAAUUGUAGAUGCUAACCAUGAGUAUGAACUUGAUCAUGCGUCGGAAAAUAUACCCGAGGCAGGAAUAGCUACGGUGGUACACGAUAAAACCAGUAUAACUACUACAGAUGUACCCGAUAAAUGGAAAUGUACAGCAGGUAGGAAGAUUAUCAAAAAGACGCAAUGUACGAUAUGUGGCACGAUGCAUCAAAAUUUGAAACAGCACAUGCUUGUUCAUUCGGGACAAAAGAAGCAUACGUGUCCCGUGUGCCAGAAAGCAUUCACACAAAAAGGCAAUUUAACAUACCAUAUGAAUCAACAUGCAGAUAAUUGUUCGUACAGUUGCGAUCAAUGCGAUAAAACGUUCAAAGGUCCUCAAUCCUUACGAUCGCAUAAGCUUACACACAGCGAUGAACGGAAAUUUCAAUGCGAAGUAUGUGAAGAAACGUUCAAGCACAAAUGCUCACUGGUUGUCCAUUCGAGGACACAUACACAGGAUAAGCGAUUUUCCUGCACCGAAUGCCAAAGGUCGUUUAUCACCAGCACGGGUUUGAAAAAGCAUAUGCGGACGCACACUGAUGAACGACCGUACAAGUGUACGGAUUGUAGCAAAUGUUUUAAAGCCUCACAUAAUUUGACCUUGCACAGGCUCUCACACACCAAAGAGCGUCGGUUCCAGUGUGAUCUUUGUGCGAGUUGGUUUAGCUAUAAGCAUGUGCUAAAGACGCACAUGAACGUUCAUUUGAAAGAAGGUAAAGGCUGCACCGGAAGCAACCUACAAAACAGGAAAUAGAGAAAAGUAACAGAAGAAUAAUAAAAUGACAAACGCACCGACUAUCGGUGCAAACGCUUUACAACACCCAAACAGUUAACAAACAUGUUUACAUCGCUUUAUCGCACAAACGAACCAGUUUCACAAAACUUUUUUCCCAGAGGACAUGCUAUCUUAUCGAUAAAUCUUAUCAUCGGUAUCCUUCGCGUGAUUUACCUCGCCAGACGCAUUAACGGAAAUUCGACCAUGCAAUCGUUGAAAUGGUUUGAAAGCGAUAACACCUUGUGGGUUUUGUGUGGCAGCAUGUGUGAGCCACCUGCACCGUACCGAACGGAAACAGGUGUGGGAAAGGAAAAACAUAAUUCGCAAACAAUAAAUGCACCUUUAUCGAUGUUGAUCUUUGGCAAUCCAAAACAUCUCUCAAUGCUACCCCAUUAUGCAAUUCUUUUGGGCCGCGUGCGAACACAAACAAUUAAGAAAUAGCAGUUGAAUCAUGCUGUGGGGUGAUACCGAUCGUGGUCGGAUAUGUUUUCCUUACCCCUUUAGCACUUCUAAGGUUUAAGAUUCGGAAUUCCCCCUGUUUGUGUUACCGGAAUCACUAUUUACACCGGAAAAGAUGUUAUUCGCGUAGUCUGGUAGCGUGGGUUGAGCUACACGAUUGCUCAGAAAACCCAUGGGGUCAUUGAGAGCAAUCUCUUCGAGGUCAUGUGGCGUGACUAUUGGGAAUGUGAUGAGGUAGUAAUAGUUUUGUGAAGGAUACGCAAAAGUGUCUGCAUCUACAUAUCUUCGGUGCAUUGUCAUGCUGAAGUAUGUACCUCUGUUAAAGAGGGAAGCUAAUUAGUUCCAGGGCGUCGGCCGAUCAGGGUUACAACAACGUUCAAGUAGUGUUGUACGAGAGUAUCGUAGCUACUAUGAACGAAGGUGCAUAAUGCAGCUUGGAGGGAAUAUAAUUGUCCGAUUCGUACCGCGUGCUUUGUAAUGAUCUUCAUUUAUCAAUUGCUGCGAUUUUGUUCUCUUUAUAGCCCAAAAGCUAAGCUACAAAUUGGUCUGGUUACGGCAGCACGGUUUAAUGAAUGAAUAUCACUUACCAUUGUCGUGUUUUCCGGUUUGGCCGAAUUUUUUUGUGAGUGGAAUCGAGCGAUCAUCAAACACGGUCAAUCAAUUAUCGUACACGAAAGGUCACAUUCACACACCGCAAUCAGCGUGUAGGGGAAUAGUACCCAAAAAAUCGCUACUCCCGAACAUAUCCGGAGAUGCGCCAGGUGGUAGUGAAUGUUUUGUACCACCAAAAAGGGAACAAACAACGUGUACACACCGGUUGAAGAGUGCGCAUAACAAAAGCAAAAAAACAACCCCUAUUCGAUCGUGAUCGCGCGCACCACCUUGAACGUGUGCGCGGGUGUGUAUCGUGCUGACAAAAUGUGCUCUCACGCAUCGCUCAU